CAUCUAAACAUUAAAUCCUUGUCCGUGAAUAAACGAAUUCAAAAAUAUAUAGUGUUUUGUUUCUGCAUCUUUUUGAAACUUGAGGUGUUUUUGGUCACUCCAGAGCAUACUUUACGGAAUAUUGCGCUAUAUUAAAAGCUUAUUUAUAUUGUCUUUUAAUGGCAUAGUUGUUGUCCGUGUUGUGAGUUAUCCGUGUUGCGGGGAGACUGUAUUUCAGCAUAUAAAAAUGUGGACGUUAGUUUUCUUAUGCCUGUUGCAGUGGUUACAGCUUGGACAAGGUGUAAGUCGCUGGGAUGUUUUCUCUUCGAAGACACUCUAUGAAUGGGCACACGACGUCAAAACCCCCGUUUUUGCGAAUGAGUACAAUCACGUGGGUGUUGGCAACACGUUGUGCAAAGCUAUACACGUGAAUAUGGUGGUGAGGCACGGGGCACGUAAUCCUACACUCAAAAACAUGAAAAAGAUUAAAGCUUUGCACGAGAAAAUUGUCAAGUCGAGAAAGCCAUCAGCUUUUCCUGAACUGGAUAACUGGAGUUACCGAUAUAACAUUGAAAGAGAAGGUGAACUUGUCAAUAAAGGGAUUACUGAACAAAAUGAAUUAGGAUCUAGGACAGGUGCUAGAUUUCAACAUAUGUUCGAUACAAAUGGAAAAUAUGUCAAGUUUGUGUCUUCAAGAAAAUCAAGAGCUAAGGACAGUGCUAAGCAUUUCCACGGUGGCUUAUCAGACUAUAUAGUGAAUAAAAUACCGACGUUUGACAAUGAGAUAAACAAUGCAACAAUGCGAUUUUAUGAUGGAUGUUAUAAUUAUGAAAAUCAAGUAGAAGACAACAUUACUCAUUUUAAACAGUUUCAUGACUUUUCAAAGACUCCACAGUUCAUCAAUAUUGCAAAGGCUCUGAAAAACCGACUUGGAAUUUCGUUUUCUCUAACUGACGAUGAUGUAUAUCAGAUUUAUGAAAUGUGUGCUUACGAGACCUACAUAUUUAACGAUAUGACUUGGUGCAAACUUCUAACAGACGACGAGCGAAAAGUGCUCGAGUAUGGCCAAGAUUUAGAGAAAUACUACGAAUCUUCUUACGGCCAUCCAAUAAACUCCCAGAUGGCGUGCCCUCUGGUUAAAGAUAUGUUUGAAACAAUGGACAACGCAAUGAACAGCAGUUGGGACUAUGAAAAUCUUGGAGACAUGACCAACACCAGCUACUUGGCAGCAAAGUUUCAAUUCGGACACUCAGAGACGCUGGUUCCGCUUAUGACUGCCCUUGGACUAUACAAGGACGAUGGUCCUCUUUUAGCCACCAACUUCAACACAAUGUCCGGACGCAAAUUUCGGACAAGUAAUAUUGGCCCUUACUCAACAAAUCUCGCGUUUGUGAUUUACGCAUGUAACAAUAUGAAUUCCCUAGAAACAAACAAAGUUGAGCCAGGAAGUCAAGAUUUUGUUGUGAAAUUGUUCGUGAAUGAAAAGGAAGUAACUAUACCAGCCUGUGAUGGUUGGCUAUGCUAUUACGAGAAAGUUAAACAGAAGUAUGAGGAUUAUAUCAAAAAUUGUAACAUAAAAGAAGUAUGUGGUGCAAAACCAGAUGACACAGACAAGUCAGUGGACAGCAAGGCUAACAUACUGAAUUUCUACGAUGUGUUCAGCAAAUUAUCAUUGCUUCUUCCAUUCAUUCUGCUAAACUGGAGUAUUUAAUAUUCAGUACUGACAGCUUACUUUGUACUGGUUAAUGUGCUUGACAACAACGCUGUAUCACACUAGUACUCCAGGACAGAAACAGAUGUACAAAUUGUUACAACUUUUUAAAAAUACUAACUUUACAGCAAAAACGUUUUAUUUCAAAUAUAUCAUGUAACUGCCUGCCUAUAAUCAAGACUAGCAUCUUACUGAAGUUAUCAAUUACAUUAAACAAGACUUGGGAUUGGGAUACUUAUCUAUGCACGAAUGUCAUGUGUUUGCAAAACUACAAUCUACUUAAUAUAUGGAAGGAAAUGAAACACCUUUCUCAGGCACCUUGACAUAAAUACAAGACCAACUGAAAAAAGUCUGCAAAUUUGUUUAAACUGAGAGAAUGGAGCUGAAUUCUUUUCACCUUUCUGUAUCAUCCUUACAUAAUGUCCAAAUAUGGUGCAUUUCACAAAUGACAAGUUAUAAAUAUUAUUCUUUAUUUUUUUUCUUCUUUCAUAUAUAAUUUACAAAAUAAAUAUCAAGAAAUGUA